AUGGCGAGAGCCUCAAGCGGCGACGGGCUGCUCCUCGGUGCGCCUCGCUCGGCCCCCGUUGACCAGCCCAUCUUCCCGGCCGACUCGCAUCCCCGACUGGCCAUCAUGACUCCCACGCGGCUGCUGUUCGGCUCCGUGGCCGCCGGCAUGGUGGGAGCCUCGCUUGGGGCGGUCCAGGGAGGCCAGAUGGCGCAGCUGCGCUUCCGGGCCGAGCACGCGCACAAGAUGCCGGACACGACGGCGGGCUGGUACCUUUAUCACAAGUCCAAGAACUACCACGCCAUGAAGGGCGGCAUCCAGGAGGGCUUCCGCAUGGGCUUCAAGACGGGCUUCUGGAGCCUGAUGGCCUUGUCCUUGGAGAGCACCGUGGACCGCUAUCGGGGGAGCAGCGACAUGUUUUCGACGGUUGUGGCGACGCUUACCGUCGCAGGAGCAUUUUCGCUCUGGCAUCGAUUCUCGCUUUCCACCGCCGCGCGCACCGCAAAGUACGGGCUGGUCUUUGGCCUGGCCUACGGAGGUGUCCAGGAUCUGGUGGGCUUGGCCCGCGGCAGACCGAUUGGGUAUGUGGAGAUGAUCCGACGUCGGUUUGGCUCUGGCGCUCGGUCACGAGAAGGCGACGACGUCUAG